CAUACUUGUGGUUCGUUGACAAUAGAGUUUCACACAUUGCAGGCGAUGGCUGUAGGAUGAAGUUGGUGAAGAGCAACUGCAGAACAUGCAGUCAAAACUUCAUGAACUUUGAUCACAUUCAUUUUGUAAAGUUCAUGUAGUCGACAAGUAAGCGCAAGUCGGACAUUUUUUUAAUCCAUAAUGCAACCCAUUUUGAAAGGUUGGUCACUGACUUGACAAAAGGGAUCCGCUCAAACGCGCCCAAUGUAUGACGUUUUCGAGAUUCAGAAGGUACAUUAAGCGCAUGUGGCUACACUCAUUGUGGAACUUGUAGUCACAUUCACAUGCUAGAGAGGCACUUCCAGAACCAUUGUGCAUUUCCAGAACUGCACUACCCAUAGAUCAUUCGGGUUAUCAAGACUGUCUCAGACACGGAAGGUAAAGAAAAGUGCGAUACUGUAGAAGAUCCGAGAGGAGUUCACACUGCAUCAAGUCUAAAAGUUGUGAUCUACUCUGGAGCCCUGUUACACUUAUAGACAGCCUCCAUCUGUCCUUCUAUCCCUCCUUCCAUCCCUCCCUUCUCUCAUUACCAGACCCGGGGACCGUGAGAAGCAAGCGAGGUUGAAGGUCUGCAGUCAUCACCAUGUCUACAUUCCGUUUUGGACAGCACGUCAUCAAGGCCUCAGCAGUGUUUCUACAAACUGAGUUGUCCUUCGCCCUGGUCAACAGGAAACCUGUGGUGCCUGGACAUGUGUUGGUGUGUCCUCUGCGGCCCGUUGAGCGUUUCCGAGACUUGCAUCCUGAUGAGGUGGCUGACCUCUUCACCACUACCCAGAGAGUGGCUGACCUGGUGGAGAAACACUUCCAGGUUUCCUCCCUCACCAUCGCCAUACAGGAUGGCCCUGAAGCCGGACAAACUGUGAAGCAUGUUCACGUGCAUGUCCUCCCCAGGAAGGCAGGUGACUUUGAGAGAAACGACAACGUCUAUGAUGAGCUCCAGAAGCAUGACCGUGAGAGUGAGGACGUCCCUUCCAGGUGGAGAACAGAGGAGGAGAUGGCAGCAGAGGCUUCUGAUCUGAGGAAACAAUUCAGCUAAACUGUCCUGUAAAGAACCACUUUAGUUAGGUCUUUCUCUAUAAAGAAGGCUACAUUGAAAAUGUUUUGCCCAUGAUGUUAAAGUUGUUGUUGAUGAGUGCUUUAGUUGAAAUAGAAGGUUCAUGUUAGUGACUCAUGACUUAUUGUGUUUUGUCUUUUUUCCAAUCCAGAAUCUCUAUAACGACAACUUGCAACGUUUCAAGUGAUUGUGAAGUGGAUAAUUCUUCAGUUGGCACUGUUGUUGGAAAAAGUAUUUUGAACUGAACUGAUGUGGUUGAUUACAGUUCAUACAUCUUUAAAUGUAAUUUGUGACUUGUAUUAUUACCUCAGAUGUUUUUUUUUGUGGUGUUUUUGUUGUUCUCCUUGGAAUUUAUUGGGGUUAGACUUGUACCAGAGUUAUUGUUGUUGUUUUAUAUUCCAUGAGUGUCACAACAUGUAAAUGUCGAAUUAUUCAUCAA